GGGAGACUCAACACAGGACGGCGAUCUUUACGGUGACGUUUGCUGGUGCGUGGGAUUACGAGCGGAGUGAUACCUCUGCGCUGUCCCGUCUUCCCUGUUUAAACAGUGGAAAAGCACCUGGGCUCACCUGGAAGUUUCGUUCUUUCUUCGCUUGUGGAAAACAGUUAAACUAAAGACUUUUAAUAAAGUUGCGGAUUGUUUCGGUGAUGUGAUCGGACUUAAAAACAGGGAAAUGCGACCAAAAGAUGACUUUUAGGAGUUGGUAACAACAGAUUCUUGGCAGUGCGACAGGUACUGACUGGAAACAAAGAAACACUCAAGAAUGGCUGACACCAAUACAAGUGAGGAGGUGUCAUUUUCACCUGCUGGUCCAGUUGCAGAGCCACAAACAGCAGGAAGUAAAAAGCUCCAAAAAAGUAGUAGUUUAGAGGACAAGAGAGAGCUUACAGAAAAAACUGAGGAGGAGGAGAAAGAAGAAGAAGAGGGCAAAGUUACAGUAAAGUGCUUGGCUCUUCUGGAACCAAGCACUUUACCGUGGUCAGCAGACAAAAAAAGCAGGCCCUUGACAGACCAGGAUGAUGGCAUCUGGUCAGAAAAAGGAGGGUCGGAGCCUGAAGAGAGGGACACGGGGAUCAGCAGAGGGAGCCAGGACCUGUCAGAGGAGCAGAGCCAGGAUGAGAGCGAUGUGAAGAGCAAGACCAAAUGGAGGGAGAGCAUGCCUGAGGGGGAGAGGUGGAGGGACGACGAGAUUGAGGUGCAGCGGAGCGAUAAAGGGGACGGCUCCCUCGCAGACGAUGAGGAAGAGGAAGAUGAAGAAGAGGUAUCAACAGAGAAAUCAUCUCCGGGUUUCACUCCACAAGUCACAAUUUUGAAUCACUCCAGCAAAGAGGAGGAGAGCAAGCCUCUCAGAGAGAAGGAGGUGGAGCCCCACAUGGAGCCCAACUCUGUUGUGGAGUUUUACCCGGACUGUACAGACAAGGACGACAAGUACUACCUGUGUGAGCACAUCUGCAGUGAGAAACUGAGGCUGGUUUUGUCGAUGGUGGCUGCAAUAAUACUCUUCCCUCUCCUGGUGUGGGGUGGUUAUGCCCUAAUACCUUUUGAUUCACCCACGCUUGAAAGCGCCCCCCUCAGGGUGUUGUACACACUGCGCUGCGCGUUCUUUGCCACCAUCCCCAUCAUGCUCGGUGUGGUGGUGCAGGGCGUGGCCCGGUUGCGUUACAGUGUGCUGGAGCCCCUCUACCAGAGUACCUUGGUGAACAUGGAGGUGGUCGUGCACUGGCACUAUGUCAACGAAUCGCUCGGCCUCUUCCUCUUCUACUUCCUACAGCUGGCUGUCAUGGCAACCUACAUCAGCCAGGAGCUCAUCAAACUGGUGCCGCUGCUCACAAUCAUAUUUGUUUUCGGCAGGCUGAUCUACUGGCUCUGCCUCUCCCUGGGCAGCAGCGUCAGAGGCCUCGGCUUCGGCUUCUCCUUCUUCCCCAUACUGGUCAUGCUGGGCACCAACCUCUACUUCGUAUGCUCGUCGAUGGGACAAGACGGCGUCUUUGAUGUGGUGCCGCCCACGACAGCUCCUGCCCCCAGGCUGCGCUGGUGGGGUUAAAAGGGUGUGGAGCAGAGAGACAAACGAAUCUGCAAUAUGAUACCUGUAAUAUGUAAUGACACAGCUUUGCUCACAGACAGCUUGUUGGCUCCUUUUAAAGUUGUAAUCCUCAAGAUUUCAGUCCUGCUAGGUUUGAGAGGAAGUUUGGUUUAAAAGUACAGCCAACACUCCCUUAAGCAGCUACUUUAUGAGAGGAAGAGCAACAAGUGCAUGGUCAUUGGCUAUCAAUGUGACAAAUAUUACUUCCCCAGUGCUUUUAAUGUGAAGCAGCUGCAGCAGGAUGCUGUUUUGUUUUUGUUUUAAAUAUAAAUAAAUGUACAUGUAAGGAGUCAUUCAGGUCUGAUACAGUAUAUCAUAUGCAGCUGUUAAUCAGUGACAUCAAAAAGUUUAAUCAGUGCUUUCCUGGAAAUUGCAACUCCCAACACCACCGUUAGGAAAUAUGACACGGAGAUAAAUGUGUAAUAACAUGGUCUGAGUUCAUGAAAAUGUUAAGGAUUGUGACUUUUAGUGUUAAAUGUUUUUGCUGACCUUUGUUUACAAAGAAUUCAACUGUAUAAGCUCCACUAUGUUGGGGGUGAAUUUGAGGCCUUAAUCCUGCAGGCUGUAUAAAGAAAUGCAGAAGUUAGAAAGUGAGUUUAAAAUGUUAAAACAGGAGUGUUGAAAUUAUUUUAAUUUAUGCACCACAAACUGCCCAAUCCAAUCUAUAAUGGUUCACACCACAGAAACUGCCACAUUAUAAUCUGGAGAGAAAAUAUCAGCCAAUCAUAAAGCGGAUGACUCAGUACAGGUUUUAUAUAUGUCUCAGUUUUUGACAUGGCCACAAACACACGAUGAUUCAGACUCUGUGGCUUACAGGAGAUUAACGUUUUGGACACCCUCAUGGUAUGUGCCAUUCUUACUGACGCACAGCACAAAGUUUGCUGGUGUUUCCUCUGCAAUUUUGUCUCAUGUUUCACUGCUGAUUUUAUUACUUUUUUGUUUAUUCAUUGUUUUUGCCCGAUAGUCGUAUUUUGUGACUAAAAACUUAACAUCAAGUAGAACAAGAAAUUUGAAUACUGUGGAUAUAAGAGAAAACACAAGGGGGAUAAGAGUUUGAGACUAGGUUGAAAUAAUUAUCUUCAGUUUUUUCAUUUCUUCCUAUCAACUUUAGUUUGUCUCUGCUGCCAGCUGUGUCUUUUUAAGCUUUAUAUUUAUAACUGUGCCUGUUAAAUGUAUUUUUGUUGUAUUGAUCAAAGGCGCUUCGUUGUUUAUAGCAGCACAAACCACAGUCCUAUUUUUGGAUCGUCUCUUCUUGUCUGUCACAGGAUAUUUUUUCCCCCCCUCACUCUAUGAAUGUUGAGUAUUUAAAGAAAAUAUCAAUAUUUG